AUGGAGGCUGAGCAAGCAGGGGCGUCGUUGGACUCGCUGAUCGCCGUGUUCAACAGUCGGAUCUCGGAGCUCCAAGAGCUCGUCAUUGCUCGAAACAUGUACCCAGCCAGCAGCGUCACCGAUUUGACGGCCGUCGAGGCCGCCGUGAAGGCCAUGGAGCUUCAGGUCCAGGCUAUCAAGCACCGGGUUCGCGAUGAAACCCUAGCCAUCCCCAAAGCAAAAAAACUGAUCGAUGCAUCGCUGAAGCAGCAAAGGAAAUUGAAGGAUAUGUCAGUUUAUGCCCCCACUCAUGUUCCGGAAAGGUUUGAAAUUUAUUUGCAUUUGUUUGGUGGAGAGCUUAUACUGUUUCUUUGUUUCAGUUUAUUUCCAGAAAGCUCUCAGCAAAACACUGGUUCUGGGACCUUCAAGCUUGAGGAGGAUCCUACACCACCACGACCACCACCACCCAAGGAGAAAAAGGGUCGUUCCACGCCACCAUUGUGGUUUGUAAGUUCUGAAGAACUGGAUUCCUUGUCAUCGUACAUGAGAGGAAGGCUUACACUAGAGAAGGUGAAUGCAGCUAUUAAUGACAUGGCAACAUAUGCUGAAGCAAAUUAUCAGCUCAUAGCUGCUCCCAAGAAGAAUGUGGCAGGAGACCGUUGGGAAAAGGCUCUGGAAAUAAGAGAUAUAGCGAUGCAUGAAGCAGUGAAGGGAAAACACUUCUUUCUUGAAACUGACAUGAAAGGACCAUCCUUGAAGCUUGACAACUCUGGAAAAGCAAUACUAACUUACCUAGGUAAUCCUUUAAAAAUGCUGGUUUGCAGGGGGAAGUUGAACCUGAAAAUAGAUUUAGGAUACUCCAUGCUGUUCUUUACACAGCAGAGGGGAAAAUUGGUUCAUUCUAAUUUCACUUUACUAAAAGUUCCUAUUUACUGCUAAUUGAAGUGUGAAUGUGCUUGAAUAAAGUCACCAUAUGUAUAGCCGUAUAGGUGUUUCCUCUCUUGUUUUUUUUUUUUUCCCUUUUCAGA